AAAAAGAGCGAGAAAGAAGGAGAAAAGCACACUCCCGCUAAAACAUACACUGACAAACACAAACACAAGUGUAAAAGAAGAGACCGAGUGGAUUCGUACAGUCCUCUGGAUUUAGUGGUUGGGGGGAAGAAGUUUCUUUCCCCAAAGCCAAACUGUUGUAUUAGAUUUGCAGACUCACAGAGACGAUGCCUUUCUUUUGCCUAGUCUCAAAAACCGCUCAGUGGAUUUGAUUGCCGCUCAGAUUAUUUUCUGCAAAUUAUUCCAACGGGAGGGAUUGAGAGACUGAGCCAGAGAAUGCUCCCACGGGUCAUAAGGAUUCUAUAUGUCUUGUCUUUUUGCUUUUUUCAAGGAGGCUUUAUCAGACCGGGCUCCUGUAAGGAGGAGAUAAAGUCCUCUAGUAGGACAGUCCCCUCCUCGCAGUCCCCGUCUGACUUCCUGGACAAGCUCAUGGGGAAAAGGUCUGGCUAUGACGCCCGCAUCAGACCCAACUUCAAAGGUCCGCCUGUGAAUGUCACCUGCAAUAUUUUCAUCAACAGCUUUGGGUCCAUCACGGAAACUACUAUGGACUACAGGCUCAAUGUGUUCCUACGGCAAAAGUGGAACGAUCCCCGUUUGGCUUACCAGGAGUACCCAGACGACUCCUUGGACCUGGAUCCUUCCAUGUUGGACUCCAUCUGGAAGCCUGACCUUUUCUUCGCUAACGAGAAGGGGGCUAACUUUCACGAGGUCACCACCGACAACAAACUGCUGCGGAUCUUCCAAGAUGGGAGUGUACUAUAUAGCAUCAGGCUGACUCUCAUCCUGUCCUGCCCUAUGGACUUGAAGAAUUUCCCCAUGGAUAUUCAGACCUGUACCAUGCAGCUUGAAAGCUUUGGGUAUACCAUGAAUGAUCUGAUCUUCGAGUGGUUGGCCAAGAACCCGGUGCAGGUGGCUGAUGAUCUGACGCUCCCACAGUUUGUGCUGAAAGAUGAGCAGGAUCUAGGCUACUGCACCAAGCACUACAACACAGGUAAAUUCACCUGCAUCGAGGUUAAGUUCCACCUGGAGAGACAGAUGGGCUAUUACCUGAUCCAGAUGUACAUCCCCAGCCUGCUCAUUGUCAUCCUGUCCUGGGUCUCCUUCUGGAUCAACAUGGAUGCUGCCCCGGCUAGAGUGGGCCUAGGCAUCACCACCGUGCUCACUAUGACCACCCAGAGCUCCGGGUCCCGUGCCUCUCUACCCAAGGUGUCCUACGUGAAGGCCAUUGACAUCUGGAUGGCCGUGUGCUUGCUGUUCGUGUUCGCCGCACUGCUCGAGUACGCAGCAGUCAACUUUGUCUCACGGCAACACAAGGAGUUCAUCAGACUGAGGAAGAAGCAGCGGCGGCAGAGAAUAGAAGAGGAACUGGCGAGAGACAGCCGUGGGUUUUACUUCCGCGGCUACGGACUGGGUCACUGCCUACAGACCAAGGAUGGAACAACUGUGGAGGGGGCAACGGUCUUCACCCCGCCACCCCCAGCGGUGUCUACUGUUUAUGAUGGUGAAGCGGUCCGCAAGCGCUUCGUGGACCGGGCCAAGCGCAUCGACACAAUAUCCAGGGCCGUCUUCCCUCUGAGCUUCCUCUUCUUCAACAUUUUCUACUGGAUCACCUACAAAGUGCUGCGACACGAAGACAUCCAUGCAAACUUGUAAUACGCUCUCUGCUCUAAUCCCCACAACUUCCUCAUUGUUUCAUGCUACAGUUUUUCUUCUUUCAACCAAAACUGCCUGCAAGAUAUACAUUAAAAAAGGAGGAUGAAGUGUUUGAGGCAUAUGCUUCAUAACCAUUGAUCCUAAAACUCUGCUCAGGUAGGCCUUCAGGAUCUCAGAGCGAGAGCAUGUGAGCAGAGAACGAAGUGAAGAUAUGGAUUCAAACUGGUGUUAGAUUGCAGUUUGUUUUUUGCGUUCUCUUUUAUCUUACUCUUGUUUUGACUGGAUUACAACAGAUGCUACAGACGCUAGACUAGAGACAUAACAAUGCUAGUCUUUGAACUUCUGCCUGAACUCUGAAGUCGUGGUCUUUGCCUUUAGCCAUAUUCCAAAGUGAAUAUUGAUUGUAGCUGGAUGGAUAAUGCUGACUUGAAUUUUAACUCAAUGCAUCUUUGAAUGAAUGUUUUUAAAAAAUAACAAUAAAAAGGCUUUUUUUACAACUUUAGAUUGCCAAAUGAGGGAGGGAUUGGGGUCUUUGAUAUUCUGGAUAUUUAAUGGGGUGGGGAUAUGUUGUUUUAACUACAUAUGACGAGAUUAUAUAUGUAUCACACACAAAUGUAUAAACUGUAGAUAAACAGAGUUGUUCAUCGAUUGCACACCUCACAAAUGUGUAUUUCCUUUUGUCUAACAUUUGAAUAAAUGGGAUAUUCUGCCAGGAAA